CCCGGGCCGUGACGGCGAGCCGAGGCGCGGAGGCUUUCGGGCCUUUGCGGCUAAGGGCAGGCGGGGCCCGGGCAGGUGGCGGCUGCGGCCUCGGCAGCCCCCGGGUGCGGCGGCGGCGGCGACAGCGCGUCCCCGAGGCUAAGCGGCAGCUGCGGGCCGGCGGGAACCGGCUGGAACCGGACAAUGGUGCUUCGUUUCCUGAACAGAACAGUGCAGCUGGCAAGACAUUCAUCUAGUCCACUGGGGAGACAACUCUGUUCAGCCAGCACAAAUAAACCAGUGUUGACUUUGUUCACCAAGGAACCAUGCCCUCUAUGCGAUGAAGCAAAAGAAGUGCUUGAGCCACAUAAGAAAAGGUUUAUUUUGCAGGAGGUGGAUAUUACCCUUCCAGAGAACUCAUCAUGGUAUGAUAAAUACAAAUACGACAUACCUGUUUUUCAUUUAAAUGGGAAGUUCCUAAUGAAGCAUCGAGUAGACAUUCAAAAGUUUGAGGACCAGCUAACAAAGCUGGAGCUGCAAAAUGAUGGAAACCAGUGAAGAAAACACAGCUGUUCUGGUGUGGAUCUGAAAGGAUUUUGCAACAUCAGUGGUGUGAAAGGGCAGUAUUCAUUAUCAGGCCUUACUUUUCUUAGAAGUUAUGGUACUUGUUUCUUGAAAAAUUUGAUGACCUGUAUUCUAUUUUGUAUUAAUAGUCCCACCCAGCUGCCUGAGUAGCAACCUUUCCUGUACCGUUCAUCUGCUGCUAUGCUAAAUUGUUUGACUUUUCAUUGACAGAAUAAAUGCUGCUCCACAGCACCAGACAAAAUGAAAUGUGCUUCGAGAUUGUUAGUAUCUGUAAGCUGUAGGUCUAUUAGAUGCCUCCUUGUAGAAGCUCAACAAUGUAUCCUAAGUGCUCAUUUUGAAAUGGAGAAGAGGGCAGUUACUGUAAAUGAAAAGGACACUUAAUUAAGGACAGAACACUAGCUGAAGCAGAGUCAUAGUUAAACAGUCAUCACAAUUUGAUAUAGUUAUUACUCAUAUAUGAGCACUGAAUGGCAUAUUUUUCUUUUAAUGGGAUGAACAUGUUGCACUUAAGCCUGUCACAUCUACCACAGUGAGCUUUGAGUCCUUAAGUACUUGAGUUAACUCCAGCCACAGCUGAGGGGAGGGAAGAAAGAAAAAAAGAAAAGAAAAAAAAGUGAAGUGUAAUUGAGCCAACAGAAACAAACCUGUAAUGGAAACAAGAUUUAAUAACUCCAAACAUGACUUUCUAAUUUCAGAGUGUAAAACGGAAGCAAGAAAGCUAAAGAGUUUCAUUAAAAAUUUGCUGGCCUAAGACAAUGAAACAAUGCAACUUCUCCCUUAGAACUCACCUAUGUUCUUAAAAAAAGCUAAUAUAUGGUCUGUUGCCAUGUGUAGGGAUGCAUGUGGCAUAAUUCUCUGCCCUCGCAUGCCCAGAAAGCAGAGAGUUUCUCUAAACCCAUUACGGGAAUGGUUCUUGGACCAAUGGGCUAGAGUUCUGUGGUAGCUCAGCUUAGUCUCCAUGCUUUCUAACAGACAGGAAUCACGUUUCAGUUUACUCUGCAACACAACCGCAAAUCCAUUUAGCAAUUUCAAGGAUACUCUUUUAUCAAGGGAUACUGCAGUUCCGUUACUGCUUCACUGGAAGGAUGUAAGGUGUGCAGACAGAAUGCCGAUGUUGAAUAUAUUUUCAGGAGGAGACAACAGACAUUAAGGGACAGUCAACUGUUUUAGGCUGAAUAGUCUGUAAUAAACACUGAAGAAAGGUGUAUUUUUGGUCUACUUAAUAGAUCCUUCUAAACAGAAGCUAAUCCACA